UGUCAAGGUGCUGGUCGAUGCUCCGCGAAUUGGAAUUCGAGAAUGUUUACUAGCUGAACAAUGUCCGUGAAUACAGCGCUAAACUCAGGACUUGAGUAGCGAAUAAUAUUUGUUCUCAAGGUGAAUGACGGUGCCUUUCUCGGGGUGUUCCGGUGUGUUUAUAAGAAGUGAUCAGAAUGGCCAACACAGGGCCGACCUGGCCUCCGUGCUCGCUGCAGGAGCAGUUUGAGAGAUCGAUGCGAUUAAACUCUUCACCCUAUACAUCUCUGGACAAUAACUAUCGCCGCCGCCAAUGUCGGAGUGGGAGUUCGACGCCUACAUCGACCCCAACACUGAGCCGGAGGGCAACUCCGCCCUACUCCCGACACUCCACGCCGUCCACGCCCAUAUUCAACCGAAAAUCAACCCCGCCCUGCACCCGACACACCGGUCCCUCCAGUCGAAGCCGUCUCCUGGGUGUCCCAAGGCAAUCCUCGGAGUCACUGGCAGGCUCCGUGGCCAGCAGUCGAGCUAGCACGCCCUCGAGGUCGACCCGAAGACACCACAGCAGAAGCUGCUCCCCACGCCCACAAUCCGAGUCAGACGCCCUAGAGUCGCCAGUGAUUCAGCAGGAGGCCUUCACGCGCGCCAUCCUGUAUCCUUCGUCCCUUCAUCGGAACCUUCGUCUCGCAGCCAUGGUCUUCGUGAUGGCGCACGUGUCCUUCAAGACGUUGGUUCCGUGGGCGCUCAGCCCCAUCCUCAGCAGGAUUUCGUUCGACUGGACGCCUCGCUCCAUCAGCGUCAGCAUUCCGUAGCGUGCAAGCGCCAAAAGCAUGAUUUCCCCUGGAAGUGAUCGGACGCAGGUUUACUCGUUCGGAAGGAGAACCAAGACAUCCUGAUCCGGCUGCAGGGGCCCUCGCACGGCCUCAACACAACCGUCCCGCCCACCGACAAUGGCUUCGACCCCACCCAGUCCUGAGGUCUUCACGACGCCUAGACUUCACCCUCCCUGUUCUCCAGUUGCGAGUCCCACUACCGGUUAGCGAGGACUUCCGCGGCCGCCCGAAAGCGCGAUGUCUUGAAAGCAAUAUCAGCCUCGAAUCCAGGACCUGGGUCGUCGCGUGGCCGCCACCCUCCGCCGCUUCGCACUUGGGAUUCCUGUCUGCCAUCACGGUGCCACGGUUGCACAUCAGCCAUAGACCAAGGUUUAUGGACUGCAGGUCGCCGCUAUUUCUCGUCACUGGGUCUAGGUUUAUAUCAAACAUCUCUACGUUUCCUCUCUGUCCAAGCUCCCGUGUCCCCUUCUCAUUCCUAUUCCACAGCCUCUCCGUCGCUCAGACCUUUUCCCUUCCUCGAGCAUGACCCGUGUCAAUCUCCACCUUCUUCUUCCAUCCUUCUCUUUUUCCUUUCACUCUUGUCACUUUUAGGAGAUAUACAAUUCCUAGUGUGAAUUUUCUGGCAUAGGCACGGAGCUCCUUGUAAGUGACUGACUUUGGCAAUAAUUCAUGUAUCCAUAUGUGGUACGAGAGACAAGAGAGCAAGAAAAAGAACUCCAGCAUUGGAAGUGUUGUGUCUUAUUUUUUCUUCUGAGAUAUAUUUGCAGGGAGUCAUGGCACGCUUCAUUCAAGUGAUGUGCGAUGUCUGCUGAGAUAACUCCUGUAAGUUUUAUGAUUCUCAAAGAUAUCAGACCUCAGUUUGUUAAGUAGAUUGCUGCUGGCAUCAGUAUCUAAAAGUCAAGUGAUUUAUAUAGAAACGGUGUCGUGCCGAUUUGAACUGCCUGCAAUUUUUGUUAAGUGAACACAGUCUCGUCUUUGGUGAAGAGACGUUUUCUUUAACAGUAUUAAUGAUUUGGAAAAUGAAGCUCAUCAACAGCCACUUUCAUGUUGUAUGUACAUUUCACAGAAUAUAUAUGAUUUUUGGGCGAGGCAGUGAGAAGCUCCACCGAGAGGUACUCUUGUGUGUAUGUGAUGCAUCUGGUAUAUCUUAUUUGUGACGAGGAUGUAGAUGUUAUUAAUCUAUGAAUUUAGUAACAAAAACAGUGUAGUUUAUUAGACUGUGAUAGGAUUGUCGUAUUGCUUUUUUAUAGUGAAAGAAAUAUUACUAUCUAUAAAUCAUAGAAACAGUUUACUAUAUGAAAUAAACUGAUACUAUAAAUAGUGACGUCAUCUGUACUACGAUGUCUCACUUAUUUGCCUUGCAAUGUGGCGUCUGUUGAAUUACGAUGUCUUUUCAAAGAUACAUUGCUGGAUUUUUCGAUGAAAGAAAUUGAAUUUCUAAUGUUUGGAUGUGCAAACUGAUGGAACAGUUACUGCAUAUCGUGACUACAGUGAAAAUGAAAUUAUGUGGAGUAAAUCUGUUGAAGUCUGUGACGAGGACUAUUAAGAAUAAUCUGGUAUUUUCAAUAUGCAACAGAAACACGGAAAAUAGCUUGUUUGUAACUCAACUGGAAAUUGUGAAUGAAUGAUUUACCCGAGUUUGUAAAUUGUACUUUCAGUGGCUGUAAUCGGGAAAUAAGCUCUGCUUUGAUGAGGUCAAAAUUUUUCGGCCCACAUGAAACUGACUGACCUUUGACCGGGCGGACUGACCAGGUCAUCUUUUCGUAUCGCGACCUUGGUGUUUCUCUAGGAAACCCAGACAGGAGUUGCUCUUUCCUUCCUUCAUCAUCAUCAUCUCCUCCUCCCCCAUCCCCUCCCCUUCCCCCUCCUCCUUCUCCUCCCUCUCCUCCUCCCUAUCCUCCUCCUCCCUCUACUCCUCCUCUUCCCUCUCCUCCUCUUCCUCUUCCUCCUCCUCUUCUUCUUCUAUUACUACUAGUACUUCUCCGACUGCUGCUAUCACUGUACUAUAACUUCUUCAUUUCGACACAUUCUUUUACCUCUUCUUCCUUUUCUCCUUUUAACCAAAGAUAUUUUGGUGUGUGAAAUACAUAGUUUAGGAUAAGUUGCACAUCAUUAACUAACAGUAGUAUUAGGAUAGCUGGGCAGCCUCCAGAGAUCCCUCUUAAAAUGACUCGUUCUAUAUAAAAAGAUGAGAUAUAUAUGUUACUGUUUUAUCUAACUUUUAUUUUUGAUCCAGUUGUGGUUUUAAUAUUUUUCUAUAUAGGAUUUUGCUGAUGCAGAAAAUGCAAAAUGAACAUUCACUUGAAAAGGUAUUUUACAUACAAUUAAUGUUUGUUAUAUAUUGUUUGUUAUAUAGUUUAAUCUCUUUCAUGGUUGUGCGCUUCAUCUAAUAGUUUAUAUGUAAGUGAGAUCAGAGAAACAUUUUUGACCAGAACUCUCUCUGAGAAUUUUAUGAACUUCAAGUCUGAAGAACUCAGCAUUAGCUCUAACACUGCUUAGCCUUCAGUUUUCAUGAUGUUUUCUUUGUCUGAUAUAGCUAUAUUUCGACAUGCAUCAUGACGCAGUAUGUGACGUAGAUUGAUGACCGUAGACCGGCGUGUGUACGAGAGCCGCACGCCAUGUAACACCAUGUAUCAUUGCGUGACAAUUACAGGCCGACUUUGUACCGCAGGUAGUGCGCCUUGGGCGACCCUUCACCCAGGUAAACUGAACUGAUCUGCCUCAAGUAAAAUUUUGACGGAACUGAAUUCCAUAGUGUAGCCCUCGGUAAAAUGUGGCAUGAUGACAGGAUUAUAUCAUUAUUUAGAUUAUUAAAAAUACUACGGAUUUGGA